GCAAGUCGGAGGGCAACGGCAGGAUGCACAUCACGCUCUGCGACCUGGUCUCCACCUGGGACUCGCUGAGCCCCACGCAGAAGAAGAGCCUCAACCAGCGGUACCAGAUGGGCUGCGAGUGCAAGAUCUCGCGCUGCCUCUCCAUCCCCUGCUUCGUGUCCUCCUCGGACGAGUGCCUCUGGACGGACUGGGCCAUGGAGAAGAACAACGUGGACGGGCGGCAGGCGAAGCACUACGCGUGCAUCAAGCGCAGCGACGGCUCGUGCGCCUGG